AUGGAGAUUCCAAAAGUAGAUAUUAGAUCAAGAAAAUUGAUAAAAGCGUUCAUUCCAACCCCGACCACCCUUAACCACCAUAAAAUGGGCUUUAAAGAUGAGGUGGUCGCCGCUAUUAAUGUCCGCCUCAUUCUCUUCUAUUCCGCGAUGGUCGGCGGUGUGGACACCACCAUCAACUUCAUCACUCAACUCGAAAACUCAUUAGCACAAUGUUUGUCACGAUUCUACCCCAUUGCUGGUAGAUACAACCAUCAAAUUCGUGCCAUCGAAUAUAACAACGAAGGUGCUGAAUUCGUACAAGCUAGAAUUCAAAACAAUGUGAAGCUACAAGACAUGUUAGACCCGAAAUUAAACCCUGGAAUACUAAACAAUUUGCUCCCAUGUGGCACGUGUGAUGCUGGUGAGAUCAUUGACCCGUUGCUUGUGAUCCAAGCAACAGUGUUUGAUUGUGGUGGCUUGACGUUAGGUGUCUCCAUUUCACACAAGGUUGCGGAUGCAGCAACCUUGUGUACCUUUCUUAAUGAUUGGGCUGCAUUGACUCGAGGGGAAAUCACCCUCGAGUCAAUCAGCCCAAAAUUUUGUUCAUCUGAGUUUCUCCCUCCUAGAGGUUUCUUAGAUUUUGAUCCGCCCUUACCACGUAGCUUAAAGCACAAAUUUGAGAAUGAAUACAUAACCAAAAGAGUCUUGUUUAGUGAAAAGGAAAUAUCGAUGAUGAAGGAAAAAGUUAAUGGCGGCCAAAGCUAUUCGAGAGUACAAGUGGUUUCCGCUAUGAUAUGGAAGGCCCUAAUCGACGUAGAUCGAGCAAAACAUGGUCAUCCACGAGCGUCAAUGCUCUUUCAACCCGUUAAUAUCCGUGGGAAAACAACACCAUCCAUACCAAAUGAUUCUUGUGGGAAUCUAGGUGGAUUCAUCAUCACAGAAUGCCCGAUAGCUCAAACAUUAUCAAUGGGAUUUGAAUGCUUAGCAGGUUUGUUACAUGAUUCGAUCAAGAAAACAAUUGAUCAACUAGGUAAAUUGAGUUCAAAGAGCGAAGAACUGCAAACGUUGGUUUUCGAUUCUUUUGUAAAGAGUGAAACUCGCGACGAGCUGGUGAGUGUGUUUCCACUUACCAGCUGGUGCAAGUUUCCAUUUUAUGAGGUGGAUUUCGGGUUGGGACCGCCAGUGUGGGCGGCAAGCUCGGCGGGCCCGGUGAGCAUGGUGACUUUGAUGGAUGGUCAAGGUGGGUUUGGGGUUGAUGCUUAUGUGAAUCUGCAAACGGAUGACAUGCAUUGUUUUGAAAAGGUGUUUGAUAUGUCUGAGUUUGUUGUUGAGUGA